UCAGCUGACCAGAAAUGCAGUUAGCUGAGAAAUGUGUCGGUGUAACACUUAAAGAAAACUCAGAAGCAACAACAAGGGAGUCUCCAACCGUGAGCAUCACAGGAUCUGGAUUAUUGUGCUGAUCUCCGCCAGCCGCAGCACCAAAGUCUCCCCAGACAAUGGCUUCACAAGAAAACCCUCCGUCUAUCCCUUUCUGGACAUGAACAACUCUCUGUUUGACACUUUCUGCCUUUUCUUUCACUGCCUCCCCUUCCCCCUCUCCUCUUUACUUUGUGAGUGUCCUGCUUUCUGUCUGUGAACAUGGACGGCACAGAGCAGGUGCAGCCCAGUCUGAACUCGUCCUACGUCCCGUCUGUCGGAAACCACCAUGUAUCCGAGGACGAGGAGAGCGAGGACACGAUCCCCUCUGCCUCCCUCCUCCCCAAACUCUCCUCAGUUCCUCUGGCUGUCCGCUACAGUCCUGAGGACUCGUACUGUUUGGUUUACAUCAUCUUCUUCCUGAUGGGCAUCGGCUCGCUGCUGCCCUGGAACUUCUUCAUAACAGCCAAACACUACUGGCUCUACAAGCUGAGUAACAACACUAACGAGGGGAGCGACGAGGAGCAGCGCUCACCGCUCAGUGAUUACUUUGAAAGCUACCUGACCAUCGCCUCCACGGUGCCCUCUGUGCUGUGUCUGAUACUCAACUUCUUUUUAGUGAACAGGUUGUCUGCACACGUGCGGAUCCUGUCGUCUCUUUUUGUGAUCCUGGCGGUGUUCAUCGUGACCACGGUGCUGGUGAAGGUGGAUGUGUCGGACUGCAGGACGGAGUUCUUUAUGGGCACGCUGGCCUGUGUGGCGGUCGUCAGCGGAGCCUCAAACCUUUUCUCCGGCAGCGUGUUCGGGAUCAGUGGACACUUCCCCAUGAGGAUUUCACAAGCCCUCAUAUCAGGCCAGGCCAUGGGGGGCACGCUGAGUGCUGUAGCAUCAAUCGUCGACCUGGCAGUGGCCAAGGAUGUGACGGACAGCGCUCUGGCUUACUUCCUGACAGCCGACGUCUUCAUCCUGAUCUGCAUCGUCACAUAUCUGUUGCUGCCCAGGCUGGCUUACUCAAGACACUACAUGCUCGCAGCAUCAAGCAGCAGUUCGACUGCGAUAAACGAAGGGGGGGGAGUGGCGGGCGGCGGAGUCUCCGUCCCCCCGCUCAAACCCAUCCUGAGGAAGACGUGGGUGCUCGGCCUGAGCGUCUUCUACGUCUUCUUCGUCUCCAUCAUGGUGUUCCCCGCCGUUUCCUCUGGGAUCCAGUCCGUGCACAAAGACAGCGGCAGCCCCUGGACGACCACUUACUUCGUCCCCCUGACCAGCUUCCUCCUGUACAACGUGGCCGACUUCUGUGGCAGGCAGGCCACCGCUUGGCUGCAGCUCCCCGGUCCCACCAGCAGGGCGCUGCCUGUGCUGGUGCUGUGUCGCUCCGUCAUGGUGCCGCUCAUCAUGUUCUGUAACUACCAGCCGAGAGACAAUAUCCACACUGUGCUCUUCACCCAUGAUGUUUACCCUGUGGUCUUUAACUGCCUGCUCGGCCUCUCCAACGGCUACCUGGGCACGCUGCCGAUGAUCUACGGCCCUAAAGUGGUACCUCGAGAGCUGGCCGAGGCCACAGGAGUGGUCAUGUCGUUCUUCCUCACGCUGGGACUGGCUGUGGGGUCGGCCUUCUCUGUUCUCAUUGUGCACUGCAUCUGACCAGAGAGCGAUAACCUUCUCAUAAAACAGUGUUACAGGUGGAUGGUUACAGAUAGCAGCUGGACUGAUGAGUCAUCGGACCCCCCAGCUGAUAAAACAAAAACCAGCAGCAGGAGAGUCGCUCUUCUGCCGUGAGGGAAACGUGCUGCUGAUAAGCCUCUUGAUUCCAAAUUUUUAACCACGAGUCCCUCGACGCUCACAUUGACCGUACAUUCAGGUGCUGCUCGGGUGCUAAAGGUUCCCACAUUGGGGAAGUUGUUCUUCUGACACGUUUUCAGGAGUUUUACCCAAAUGUAAGCUGUGAAAACUAAGGUUUUCAAUACAUUGUGUUUUAAAAGGUUACAAUCCAGGAAUAUGUGCAUGCAGACUAACAAGAAAUCCAUCAAACAUUACACUCACCUGCACACCGUCUACAUUACACAAAUACAUCUGCAAUGUUUGAAAUGUUGUCAAUGUAUUUGUGCAAUUAAGGCGAUUUUUUUUUUAAUGCAACUUUUGAUGAUUCAAAACUUUUAAAAGAAAGAAAUCACCCAGUAUUGGGUGCCUGGUUCUUUCUGUUGCUGCAGUAUCAAACAGUUAUCACUUUCAUUAGAUUUGUGCUCGUAUCAUAUUGAAGAUUAAUAUUCUGUUAUUGUGACAAACCUUGUGAAAACAACAAAGUUGUUUCUCAGAUUAAAUUCCAGGUCCAAUCAUGUUUACAGCAACAAACGGUACAAGACUAAAACCAUAUUACACAUUAAAGGAAGAAUGUGUGACUUUUUGAUCCAGUAGAUGUCGCCCUUGAGCUCCAGCAUGAAACCAAAACAAACUUCUGUUAGGCCACGCCUCCUCCAUACUGAAGCCUCCGCUCUCCUCCAGAGACACACCUCCAACCCCCCUCCACUUUCAUUUGUACAGAGUUUUGAAUAAGAACGCACUAUAUUUAAGCACCAUUAAGCGCAAUCGGCGGAUAAAAUUGUCCUUUGCUCGAGCUGCAAUCACCUGUGUGCUGUUAAUGUUAGCAUGCUAAUGUUAGCGCUCUUUAGUUAGCUUGUAGCUUCACAUUGAGCAUUAAUUUACACAGAAUGAAGGUGAUCUAAUGACACUUACAUGACAUUUAAUUAAUCAUUGAGUAUGUUCUUCUUCUUCUCUCUAGUUCUUGACUAAAACAGCUUUUAUACACAAGGGGAGGAGCCGGCCGUCCCG